AUGGUAGAGAGUAAGAACGUGGAGGAGAUCGUUGUGAUUGGGACCGGCCUUAUGGGCACGGGUAUUGUUCAGGUGGGGAUGACUAAUCAUAUAUAAGCUACGGUAUUCAUUCUGUGCUUUUUUGUUAUUAGAAGACAUACUUUACUGUCUAAUUCCAUUUUUAAAGGUGGCUGUCGAAGCUGGCAUUCAUGUAAAUCUAGUUGGUCGAUCCACAGAGAAAUGUGAAGCUGCCCGAGGCAGAAUUCAGGCUGGACUAAGCAGAAUCUCCAAGAGAAGAUACCAAAAUGAUCCACAGGCCCAACAGCAAUAUGUUCAAGCAGCCAUGAACAAUCUUGAUCUGGUUACCAGUCUCGAUCAGCUGAAUCUCAAGAGAGUUGACAUUGUAAUUGAGGCUAUUGUUGAGGACUUGAAGCUGAAACAGGAAUUUUUUUAUCGAUUGGAGAAGGAAACUAAUGAGUAAGUCUUGCUUAACGGUUAAUGUUAACAGCGGGUAUUGUAAAAAUUGGGGCCGGAGAUAGUGAGAGGGGGGAAUUUAUUGAAAGUUGGCUGGUUAUUAACCAGAAUUGCUGUUAUCAAACGAUAACUACAGUAAUAAGCGGAUUGAAAAGGAAUUUUAAACGUCUGUGGUCUUUUGAAAAGAUUAGAUAAUCCCCAAUUGGAGAUAAUAUAAUGAAGCGCGAGAUCAUAAGAACAUGCUUGUAAUUGUAGAGAAUGCCUCUUGGUGACCAAUACCUCCAGUUUCCUCCUGGCUGAUGUUAUGAACAAGAUGAACACUAAAAGAGAACGGGUAGCCGGUCUUCAUUUCUUCAACCCAGUGCCCGUAAUGAAGUUGGUGGAGGUUGUUUGCGGAGUCGAGACCUCAGAAGAGACCUACCAGACUCUCUGUCAUUUCUGCACUCAAUUGGGGAAAACUCCAGUCAAAUCAAAGGUCCGUAACAAAAUGAUUCCCUUAGGGCUUUUAUUAAGAUUGGUGCUUUCGGGUGAAGACGCAUGUUUUUGCUGAUGCCAUUGUUGACAACUCAUCCCAGACUAUUUUCAGGACCGUCACGGCUUCAUUGUCAACAGGUUAUAUAUGCCUUUUUUGGCAGAGGCCAUCAGAAUGACUGAACGUGGUGAUGCCUCGCCCAAAGAUAUAGACACAGCUAUGAAAUUGGGUGCCGGAUUACCAAUGGGACCGUUCGAAGUGGCGGAUAUCAUUGGAUUGGACACCUUGAAAUACAUCAUCGGCAGUUGGCAUCAGGCGUAUCCAGAAGAUCCCAAGUAUUUCCCGUGUCCUUUACUCGACUCAAUGGUGGAUACGGGGAAGUUGGGAAGGAAAACGGGCGAGGGAUUCCACAAAUAUGCUCCCAAAUAA